UUUCUUCGAAAUCAAGUAUCCGAAACUUCCAGAUACACGCUAGCUUAAGCUAACUCAGAAAAAAAAAAGAAAAAAAAGAAAUAGUCUUUUUCCCAUUUUUGUUACUACUCUUCUUCCGAUUUGGUCUUUGCUUUAUACCCAAAUCAAAUCGAUUGAUUUCAUUUGAAGAAUACUAUUAGUUCCACAUGAUUCUUCGUUUAGUGAUCUAAGAAGGGCUCUGCUGUUUCCUCGAUGGGCAAUAGUUGUUUGGCUUGUUUUGAUAAGUCGAAAGCAACAACAACUGUAGAUGUGCCUUUGAAUGGCUCAAAAGAUGUGUUAGUAGAAGAAGAUUGGAGUGAGCUGAGGAACCCUAGUGUAGCUUCUGAAGAGUUCUGGACAAACACCACUUUAGAUAUGGAAAGCAAUGCUCAGGGAAGUGUUUCUUCAAUCAGUACGACGAAUCUGACUGUUGAUUCUCAAGGAUGUGGUUCCAGCUCUAAUGAACCUGCUGAGUUUGUUAACAAUGGUCUUGUUCAAUGGAAUCAAACUAGGCAGCAAUGGGUGGGGGAUAAGAGAUCCAAGAGGCGCGAAAGAGUUGUCCGAGAACCUAUACUAAAUGAGAAUGUGACUUAUGAGAGUCUACUUGGGAGCAACAAGCGGUUUCCUAGGCCUAUACCUCUUGAUGAAAUGGUACAGUUUCUGGUUGAAGUUUGGGAAGAAGAGGGUCUAUACGGCUGAAAAGAUUCUUCUAUACAUUAUUCACAUUCAUGUUGGCCAAAACCUUUUCUUUUCUUUUCACAAUUCAGAUUCUGUUUAUAAAUCUGGAAUUUGUCAAGAAGAGCUGAGGGAGAGAUAUAAAUCAAUUUCACGAAACGGCUUGUAUUUUUUUUUCAAAAAUUAUCUAAAUUAAAUUUAUGAAUUUACA